CGGUCGGGCGGCGCGUGGGCCAAUCAGCGGCGGCGGCUCGCGGCCCCCGAACGUUGGGCCCGGCGGCCCCGCCCCGCGCUGUUGUUUGCGGCGUCGGCGCGGCCGCGCGAGCCGGACCACAACACUCGGCGGCGGCGGCGGCGGAGCUGCGAGCGCGAGCCCGAGCCCGGGGCGGCCGCCCAGCGCCAUGUCGGUGAACACGGACGAGCUGCGGCACCAGGUCAUGAUCAACCAGUUCGUGCUGGCCGCGGGCUGCGCGGCCGACCAGGCGCAGCAGCUGCUGCAGGCGGCGCACUGGCAGUUCGAGACCGCCCUGAGCACGUUCUUCCAGGAAAGCAACAUUCCCAACAGCCACCACCACCCUCAGAUGAUGUGUACUCCCAGCAACACCCCUGCGACUCCGCCCAACUUCCCUGACGCUCUAGCCAUGUUCUCCAAGCUUCGAGCCUCUGAGGGUCUGCAGAACAGCAACAGCCCCAUGACAGCCGUGGCCUGCUCCCCCCCUGCAAACUUCAGCCCCUUCUGGGCCGCAUCUCCGCCCAGCCACCAGACGUCCUGGAUCCCACCCUCUUCCCCCAACUCCUUCCAUCAUCUCCACUGCCCACAGCCCACGUGGCCCCCUGGAGCAUCGCAGGGGGGCGCCCAGCAGAAAGCCAUGGCAGCAGUGGAUGGCCAGAGAUGAGACUGGAUGGCACUGGGCUGGAUGGGGGCAGUCCAGGGUUGGGGACACAGCAGGGCUGGGGAGGGGGGAGCCACAAGAGGGUGGGGGGUUUCUUGAAGAUCGCACUGGAAGAUUUUAUAAGAGAAUUUUUGUGGGUGGGGGGGAUAGUAAUUGUCCUGAGCCACUUGGGUUCUUCAGGAGUUUCUCUUUGGGAAAGUUUUUCCUCUUUAAUAUAUAACUGUAAUAUAUAUGAAUAUAAAUUUAACGUGUGUGAGUGGGCCCGUACGCCAGGGGUGUUGGCAUCGGAAGGGAAUGGCCUCAACAAUCCCUUUCCUUGACGGCACCUCCUCUGCCCAGUUUGGGGAAACAAAGGGUGCUUGUGGUCAUAGCAGCAGGUGUCUGCUCCCUCCUUUAGAAGUCACAUCCGCCAUUAGGAAGUACGCCCCCCCACACCCCGAGGGAAGUCCCAGAGGGCUCUGUUGGGGCCCUGAACUUUCCUAUCAUCACUGGUGACUGGAGUCUUCUUCUCUGCUGGUGGUGGCCAUGAAACUUGUCGCCCUGUCCCCAGCUGGGUGUACAAAGCUGGUAGGACUGAGAAGUUGGCUGACCCCUGAGUGGAUACUUGGCUGCCCCACAGGUCCCCAGCCUCUCUGUGUCCGGUAUCAGAGGACGACAACUCGGGAGAGCCUGCCUUUUGAUUUGAGUUCCUACAUUAAAAUCACAUCACACCAGGGUGCAAUUUUAAUUUAAAAACGUUAAAAGACUUUUCUAACUAA